GUCAGCAAAGACUACAAGAGAGUGAAGGCACUCCUGGCGAGCGUGGCUGAAGACAACUAUUGGCGGCGGGAGCAUUUUGGUCGAAUACCCCGGACAAUUCCCGUGAGCUACCAUGAAGCUGGCGAAAAGUUCAGGCCGAGAUCUGCGCCGCUUCCUGUGAUCUCGUUUUCCAGGAUGGACACCGCAGAUGCACUUCUGGCGCUGGGCAGGCAACGUGGUCGGAAGGUUUGUGCACUUAACUUCGCAAAUGGCAAGGACGCAGGUGGGGGCUACAAGAACGGGGCCUCCGCACAGGAAGAGGAUCUUUGCAGGCGAAUACCGCUGCUGUACUCUUCCCUGCUCGGUGCGAAGAAAGAGGGGCUCUACCCCUUCGGUCCUCCGACAUGCCCGUCCACGGGCCAGCCAGAGAAAUUUCGAGACGUGCUCUACACAACGAAUCUCGUUGUCGGCAGAGCGAGUCAGGAGGAAGGGUAUCGGAUCUUGCACCGGGAUGAGCAAGCCACUGUGUCACUAGUUGCUGCGGCAGCUCCCAACCUCAAAUUCGGCAGUGAUGUCAAUGACGCACAACUGAUCUACCAGACGAUGGUGAAUAUCUUCAGAGCACCACACUUGUGGGAGCCAGGCAUCAACACACUGAUUCUGGGUGCGUGGGGCUGUGGAGCUUUUGGUGGAGAUCCCUCCAGAAUCGCUGACCUCUUUUUGCAAGCGCUGCUGAAAGAUGGCUGUGGACAGGGCUACGAGGAGGUGCACUUCGCCAUUCCCCAGUUCACUCCCGAAGAUCCAAAUUACGCCGUAUUUCGAAAAGUUUUUCAGGAGAAGAUCGAUGUAAAGGACUACGACUGA